AUGGAUCCAGCACCGCUCGACAAUGCCGCAGCGACAGUCUACAUGAAACAUCACCGGCAUGGCCAUUGGGUUGCCGAGCACAAAGCCCAGCGCCUCCUCUCCAUUAUACACUUCGCAUAUCCGAUUGUACUGCUCGUCUUCUUCCUUACCACCUUUACCAUCCGUAGCAUUCUGUCUGCCAGCAGUCAGGAACCCGACGAUACCAAUUCCGAACCACAAUUAGGCCCUGGUGGCAAGCCUCUCCCAAAGAAGAAGGCACCAGCAGAUAAAUCCAAGAAUACUUUCCUUGAUUUCAGCAGACCGCGCAAGUUGCUGUUCGAGUGGCUGGCUCUAGCAGCUACCCUCACUCUCGCCGGCAAUGCCGUCACUGUAAUAGUCCACGCCCUGUAUGCGCGCAAGGAAGAGUGGUGGUGCGGACAAGCCACUGUUGUCUACGUUGUGGGUGCUUUCAUGGUCUACACUAUGAUCCUAAUCUCCAUCUUCGAUACACAACCCUCCCCUACCUGGGUCCAUGCCUCAUCAUGGGCUCUCGCUGCCGCCAUGGAUAUCGUUCUGCUCGCCUCCUCCUUCGCCCUAUAUACUCACGCCCACCACGAACCCAAAGCCGGCGAUCCGUCAGGUGGUCACUUGGAAAGAGAAAUGACUGAAUGGGAAAUUACUGGUGUCACGUUGGAUCUAGUCCGCAUCAUCCUGCUCCUCGCUCUCGUCGCCUUUUAUAUUCUGUUCGUGACGCUGCACGCCAGGAACCAAAGAAAGCAAGACGCUAGCCAGGCUUCUGCAAGCGAAACUACCGGACUCCUUGCUGAAGAUCGUGCCGAAGCUGGUGCCGCCAACGGCUCUGCGAAUGGCGCCAAUGGAUAUGGUGCUACCCAGCCCAAUGGUCACAACAAGCCGAAAAAGGCGGCAGAUGCUCCUGCUGGUUGGGAAAAGCCAACAACAGCACCUUCUAGAAGCUGGUGGGAAUACAUCAAGGGUUACUCCAUGUUCUUCCCAUACCUCUGGCCCUCCAAGGAUCGCAAACUGCAAAUCGUUGUUGUCAUCUGUUUCUUGAUCAUGCUUGUCCAACGUGGUAUCCAGUUUUUGGUACCCCUUCAAGCCGGGAGAAUCACCGACGAGCUUGCUGACGAGACGAAGAUCGGUAUGCCCUGGAAGGCCAUUUGCUUAUAUAUCUUCUAUCGCCUUCUCCAGGGUAACAAUGGUCUACUUGGUGCGACCCGCUCCAUCAUCUGGCUCCCCGUGAGUCAGUACUCUUUCCGCGAACUUUCGAUUGCCUCCUUCGAACAUGUCCAUAGUCUGAGCUUGGACUUCCAUCUGGGCAAAAAGACUGGCGAAGUCUUGUCCGCUCUGGGCAAGGGUAAUGCUAUCAACAACUUCCUCGAAUCGGUCACAUUUCAAGUCAUUCCCAUGCUCGUUGACUUGUUUGUUGCUAUUGGAUACUUCCUGAUCGAAUUCGAUGUCUACUACGCCCUGAUUGUCGCCGUUGUCACUUUCUGGUAUAUCUACUUGACUAUCAGGAUGGCUCAGUGGCGUGCCGAAAUCCGCAGGGAGAUGGUGAACUCGGACAGAGCGGUUGAUGCCGUCAAGAAUGACUCUAUGGUCUCGUACGAGACUGUCAAGUACUUCAACGCCGAAGCGUAUGAGUUUAACAGAUACCGCGAGGCAGUCGAGAAGUACCAAAAGGCAGAGUAUUCGGUCGUCAUCUCGCUAAACUUCAUGAAUGUCACCCAAAACAUGGUCUUCAUGGUUGGUUUGAUGGUCGCUUGUUUCGUCGCUGCUUACCAAGUCACUACUGGUCAGCGUAGUGUCGGUAAAUUCGUUGUUCUACUAACUUACAUGGCUCAGUUGCAGGGACCUCUGAACUUCUUUGGCACAUUCUACCGCAUGAUCCAGAGCGCCAUGAUCAAUUCCGAGCGAAUGCUUGAGUUGUUCAAAGAGGAGCCCACUGUCGUUGACGCCCCAGGGGUCACAACUCUACCCAGCUGCGAAGGCGACGUCCGCUUCAAUGAUGUUCACUUUGCUUAUGAUGCCCGCAAGCCUGCUCUCAAGGGGCUCGACUUCCGCUGCAAGCCCGGUACCACAACCGCUCUGGUUGGAGAAUCUGGUGGCGGCAAGUCCACCGUUUUCCGUCUGCUCUUCCGUUUCUAUAAUACCGAGUCUGGCACAAUCCAGAUUGAUGGACAUGAUGUUGCGGACGUCUCUAUCGACAGCGUGCGUAGACAUAUCGGUGUCGUUCCUCAGGAUACUGUUCUUUUCAACGAAUCUUUGAUGUACAAUCUCAAGUACGCCAAUCCCUCGGCAAGUGACGAAGAUGUUUACGAAGCCUGCAAAGCCGCCUCGAUCCACGACAAGAUUCUGUCUUUCCCUGACGGUUACAAUACCAAGGUCGGUGAACGCGGUCUUCGUCUUUCCGGCGGAGAGAAGCAGCGUGUCGCCAUCGCUCGUACCAUCAUCAAGGAUCCUCGCAUUAUCCUGCUCGAUGAAGCCACUGCUGCUCUGGACACCGAGACAGAAGAGCACAUUCAGGAGGCUCUCAUGACUCUUGCCCAGGGCAGAACCAUGCUCGUAAUCGCUCACCGUCUUUCGACCAUCACCAUGGCUGACCAAAUCUGCGUUCUCCACGAAGGCCGUGUUGCUGAGCGAGGUACGCACCAGGAGCUACUUGACAUGAAGGGCAAGUACCAUUCGAUGUGGCGCAAGCAGGUUCGCGCACAACGGGCAGCCGAAGAAGCAAAGGUCUUGAAGGACAAGGCCGAGAGACUGCGGAGAGAGAGCCGAAGUGGUGAAGUACCAAAAGAAGGCGAUGCUUCGGCUGGCAGCAGCGAGGACGAAAGAGAGCGACAACGAAGCGCACAGAAAUCGCAGAACAUGCAGGCUCCUGUUGAUGCUGGCGAGGCUCCUACCGAAAUUGCACGACAGCAGGAACGAAGCAAAACACCACACGGGCAUCCUUGA